AUGACACCACGUGUCUGCAGUAUCCGCAGCACCACUUUCUUCUCUGCUUCUCACAUUCGUCCCACCAGCGCCUUGGCUCCCCUCUUUCUCCCCCCACUGCCUGUGUCAGGCCCGUUGCCUCAGCCUCUCCUCCGCACGCCUCGCACUAGCAGCAUUAGCUCCUCUUUUGCGCGCCUCCCCUACACUACUGCCCCUGGGAGACGACUCGAGGGCAGCAUGGGCAGGAGAAUGGGAGGGAGGGGAGAGGGAAGAGGGGGGGGAGAGGGAAGAGGGGGGGGAGAGGGAAGAGGGGGGGGAGAAGGUGGGGGAGAAGGGGCGGGAGGGAGCAUGAGCGGCAGUUUGAUCAAUACAGACAUGCGCGCAGGCACAAGGCCGAAGGAGGGGGGGGGGGGGAGAAGGGGACAGGGGCACCCAGGCAUGGAGGAAUUGUGGCGGCCAGUAACAAGAACAGGCAGCAUAGGCAGCACGGGAAGCACGGGAAGCAGAGGCAGCAUGAUUGAGAGGAGCGCGAGCAUGGAGGAGGGGCGAGCACGGCUGCUGGCAGCUGAUGCAGCACUCACGGAUGCCAUUCUCACGGGCGUGAUCAUGCCCACACCCACCUCCUCUUCCCUGGGCUUCCCCCAGUGCGCGCAGCAUGGCAGCACCGCGACUGCCCAUAAUGGCGGUGGUGGUGGCAUGGUGGGCAGCAGCGUGGAUUGCACUCACAGCAUCAGUGUAGUGUGGCGAUCGGGCGGCGCAGCCUUGACAGCAGCAGCAGCAGCGUGUGCUGCAGAGACAGGGCAGCGUGGCACUCAAUCGACAAGAUCCCGCGUGGUGGGCUCACUCCGUCUUCCCUCACCCCGCCUGGCUGUGUUCUACUCUCCUUGCUCCUCUUCUACUCUCCUUGCUCCUCUUCUACUCUCCUUGCUCCUCUUCUACUCUCCUUGCUCCUCUUCUACUCUCCUUGCUCCUCUUCUACUCUCCUUGCUCCUCUUCUACUCUCCUUGCUCCUCUUCUACUCUCCUUGCUCCUCUUCUACUCUCCUUGCUCCUCUUCUACUCUCCUUGCUCCUCUUAUACUCUCCUUGCUCCUCUUCUACUCUCCUUGCUCCUCUUCUACUCUCCUUGCUCCUCUUUUACUCUCCUUGCUCCUCUUCUACUCUCCUUGCUCCUCUUCUACUCUUCUUGCUCCUCUUCUACUCUCCUUGCUCCUCUUCUACUCUCCUUGCUCCUAUUCUACUGUCGUUUCUCCUCUUCUACUCUCCUUGCUCCUCUUCUACUCUCCUUGCUCCUCUUCUACUCUCAUUGCUCCUCUUCUACUCUCAUUGCUCCACUUCUACUCUCCUUGCUCCUCUUCUACUCUCAUUGCUCCUCUUCUACUCUCAUUGCUCCUCUUCUACUCUCAUUGCUCCUCUUCUACUCUCCUUACUCCUCUUCUAAUCUCCUUGCUCCUCCAGGGAUUUCUCUUGUGUGUGAGAGCCGCAUACCAGCAGUAGCAGACCGCGUGGUGCUGCGCAAGCUGGCCCAGGACAUGUGUGAGUGGUCGCGCCUGCUGGUGAGUGAGGAGAAGAGAGGGGGGGAAGAGGAGAGGAGGGGAUUUGGGGAUGAGCGCCACAAUGCCCAUUUUUUCUCUGCACCCAUCUCCCCACCACCCUCCCUCACCCCUCUUCCCCAACCCUCUUCCCCACCCCUCUCCCUCACCCCUCUCCCCCAACCCUCUCCCCCACACCUCUCCCCCAUCUCUCUCCCCCACCCGCUUGCCCCAACGGCCUCUACCCACCCGUCUCCCCUCCCUGCUUUCCCGCACCUCUCCCCCACUCUCCGCACGCCCCACCCUUACCCCUCUCUGCCACGCCUCUCUCCCAACACUUCCCUAAACCUCUUUCCCAAGCCUCUCCCCCAAACCUCUCGCCCAACCCGCUCCCCAACCCCUUUUCCCCCACGCCUCCCGCCUGUGCCUCCCCUCCACGCCUCCUUCCAACACCUCCCCCUCUCACGCCUUGGCCACACGCCUCUCCCCCACCGUCUUCCUCCCCCAUGCCCUGAUCCUGCCAGGAGGAGUCAGCUGGCGAGGAGGCAGUGGGAUCCAGUGGCUAGCGCAAGUCAAUGGGGGGAGUGGGGUGAAGACAAGGCAGUGCCGGGCCUAUUCAGCAGGCGCAAGGCCAAGAUGACCACUAUUAUCACGUCUCCCUCUGGGCACUUGGCAUUUUCUCUGGCAGGCAGUGUGCUCCGCCUCCUCUGA